AGAGCAAGAGAAGAUUAUUCAUGCAAUAUGAAUGAAAAACUAGAGGAAGAAUGGAAAGCAGGAAUGAAGCAUGCAGGGAAACAGUGCAAGGAGAGCAUUGAGAAAGUUUCAAAUUUGUUGGAAAUAGGAACAGAAAGGGUCAAGGAGUGGAUUGGCAACAGAAAUGCAAGAGAAAGGAGGCUUAAUGGAGAAGCUAAACCUACCCAGAAGAAGGUUGUAAUUGCUGGGGGUACUAAUGCCUAUGCCUUGUUUGCAAAGACGAUCAAAAGGGGCACAAUGGAUGGACCUACCUACAUGAGGCAUUUGUCCAGUGAGUGGGAAAAAGUGGAGGAGAAUGACAGGGUUGUCUUCAGGGAAGAGGCAAAAAAGAUAAGGCAGGAUCCCUAUAAAGGGAAACCUAGGGAUGCUGUGAUCCUGUCACAACUUAAAAUCAUUAAUCAUGCUGUAAGUGUUUAUUUAGCCAGAUUAUAA